GUAGCCUUUGCUCUCACAAAACGUACGUUCAAUAUUGAACUAAGACCUAUUGUUAGUUUGAGUAUUAUUGGUUUUGACAGAGAGGAGAAGAUCUGCUAAUUGUUUGAUCAUGGCUUCAUCUUCUACUGCUGCUGCAGUUUCACUGAAAACCUUGAAUUUGGCAAGUGUUCCGAUUCUCACUGGUGGAAGUAAUUUCAAGAAGUGGAGACGCGAGAUCAAGUUGCUACUGACACUCAAUGAAUUUGAAAUUGCAAUUGACAAUCUACAACCCCCAUUAUUGACUGACAAAUGUUCCAAGGCUGAGAAAGCAGAGCACAAGAGGUGGUGGAGAUCAAAUAAAUUGGCAUUAUCUAUUCUGGAGGCUGGCAUGACUGAUCAUGUUAGAGGAGGUAUCAAACAACAUGACCUUGCUGUUGAUUACUUCAAGGCUAUUGAGGGGAAGUUCCAGGAACGACAAAAGGCUGAAAUUGGGCACUAAAUGUCACUCUUGACAACUUACAAGUGUGAGGGUAAUGGCUCAAUUGGGGAUCACAUUCUGAAACUCUCAGAUGCUGCUGAGAAACUCAACUCAAUGGAUGUACAUAUUUCAGAGACUCAAUUGGUUUUUAUGGUGCUUCAAGCACUCCCUGCUAAAUAUUGUCAGCUGAAAGUCUCAUAUAACACUCAAGGGAAUCUCUGGACACUGGAUGAGCUCAUGGCUCAAUGUGUCCAAGAAGAGAGAAGAUUGAAGCAAGACAAGGGCAAGGAAAUUGAAGCAGUGAACCUUGUACAUGCAUCCAAAGGAAAGAGCAAGAAGGGUGGCGGAUUUAAUCCAAAAACAUGGCAUCGUGGCACAAUAUACGAAGCCUGGAACGCCACAGCAGAACGGAGUCUCAGAAAGAAGGAACAGAACUUUGAUUGGGAUGGUGAGGAGCAUGGUGUCUAGAGCUAAACUUCCAGCAUUCUUAUGGGGAGAAGUACUCAAAAUAGCAACUUAUAUACUCAACAGGGUGCCAACCAAAGCUGUUUCACAAAUCCCUUUUGAAAUUUGGACUGGAAGAAAACCAAAUUUCGAUUAUUUUCAUGUUUGGGGCUGCAAGGCUGAAGCAAGGUUCUAUAAUCCACAUGAGAAGAAAUUAGAUGCAAGAACUCAGUCUUGCUAUU